GAAUACCCUUCCACUGAGGCUCAAAGCCCUGUGCUGAGGUCCGACUCUUGGGCAGCAAUGGCCAACAAGGCUCUGACUUAUUUCUCUGCCAAAGCCUGCAGCCAAGCACAGAGUGUUAUCGACAAAAAGGUACGGAAAUGUGCAAUAGAGAUUUUUCCCAAGUUCCGAGGGAAAUAUAUCGUGCACACGCUGAUUAUCUCGCGGCAUCUACCCUAAACCUAACAGCUCACAUUCUGCAACGUUGGUUAUUCAGCCUUACACAAGAUGCUCAGUAGUCUUGAAAAGGAAGAUACCAUCUCCUUAAAAUAUCAUUGGGACUCUACAUCGCACCGCUUGAUCAUGUUCGGUCCUCCCUCUCCUACUCAUGAAGAAUCGACAAGGUACAUAUAUUUUACACUCGACACUGUUAUCAGGGCCCAGAAUAUAGCUGUCGGCAUGAACUACGCUUCUAAUCCGCGAGGGAAGUUGGGUGUGAGUCCUGGAUCGAACUUCCAAUUAUACAGUCUUAGGUUUGGGCCACUAUACGCCAGAUCUAUCUGUAUAUCGAU